GAGAGAGAGAGAGAGAGAGAGAGAGAGAGAGGGGCAAAAUAAAAGGGUGUGUGAAGUUCGCGCGCGAGGCCGCGCUUAAAUGAGUGGCACAGGAGGAAGAGUUGUAGGCGCUGCUCUGCUGUGCUGCUGUGGUGGCUGCCGCGACGAGGCGCAAUCAAAUUUACAGAUCGACGAGGUAACAUGGGUGUUGGUCUGAAGCCGCUCGAGUUCACGGAUUGCCUCACGGACAGCCCCUAUUUCCGCGAGAAUCUCCACUAUCACGAGCGGGAGCUAGAGAAAACCAGCCAGCAGAUUAAGCGCCUUAUCAAGGAGGUCAAGGAUCUGCUCUCAGCUGCGAAAAAUCUUUCCAGAGCUCAGAGGGCAUUCUCGAAGACAUUACAGAACUUUAGUUUUGAAUGUAUUGGUGAAACACAAACUGAAGAUGAAACACACAUAUCCCAAAGCCUGAAGGAAUUUGGUAAACUCAUUGCGUUGAUCGAAGACGAGCGUGAUCGCAUGUUGGAACGCGCGUACGAUCAAAUUAUACUGCCUUUGGAAAAAUUUAGAAAAACCCAUAUAGGUGGAGUAAAGGAGGGAAAGAAGAAAUUUGAAAAACAAACAGUAAAAUUUUGCCAAAGUCAAGAGCGUUACUUGAACCUUUCUACUAAGAAGCAAGACAAUGUUCUUCAAGAGGCGGAUGCGACAUUGGACAUGGCCGAAAGGCAUUUUUGUCAAGCAAGCUUAGAAUACGUUUUUCUAUUACAAGAAGUUCAGGAACGUAAAAAGUUUGAAUUUGUUGAAACAUUAUUGAGUUUUAUGUUUGGUUGGCUUACAUUUUAUCAUCAAGGCCACGAAGUCGCCAAAGAUUUCAAACCUUAUAUGACCGAAUUACAGCUCAAGAUACAGAAGACUAGAGAGAAUUUCGAUGCUACGCGGGAUAAAACAGAGUCUCUUAUGAAUAAAAUGAAGGACGUAAAGAAGUCUGCCAUUGAAAGCGGCCCCAAUAAGCUCUACAGUAGAGAAGGUUACUUGUUUCUUAUGGAGAAGAAGGCUUUUGGAACCACUUGGACAAAACAAUACUGCACAUAUCAGAAAGAUAAAAAGGAAUUUACUAUGAUACCUUAUAAUCAGCUCACAGGCAAAUUUAGCAGUAAAGAUACUUUUACUUUGGCAUCCUGUGUUCGGCGUAUGUCCGAGUCAAUAGAGAAAAGAUUUUGUUUUGAUAUAACUGCUGUUGGAAGGUCUGGCGUUGUGUAUACAUUUCAAGCUUUGUCGGAAAAUGAUAGGAAGGCUUGGAUGGAUGCAAUGGAUGGACGAGAACCUGUUCCUGCUUUACAAGGUCCAUUAGCAAAACCAGACGAAAAUGUGAUCGACGCAACUGGUCUCUUGUUUAUUUCCAAGUGCAUAAAAGUGCUAGAAGACAGAGGUUUGGAAGAGCAAGGACUUUAUCGCGUAGUUGGGGUAGCUUCUAAAGUAAAUAAACUGCUGGCUAUGGGCCUUGAUAGAAGGAAAUUAGAAAAGUUAAACUUAGAAAAUCGUUACGAGUGGGAAAGUAAGACAAUUACUAGUGCUUUAAAAACGUAUUUGAGAACUCUUUCAGAACCCCUUAUGACAUUCCGAUAUUACGACAGCUUCAUUGCUGCAGCAAAACAAGAAUCAAAGGAUUUACGUAUUAAUGACAUACACAUACUCGUGUAUCGUCUUCCUAAGCCAAAUUGCAAUGUUCUUAUAUUGCUCAUUAAUCAUCUUCGCAAGGUUGCUAAGAAAUGUGAUAAAAAUCUCAUGACUGUUGGGAAUCUGGCAGUGUGCUUUGGUCCAACCUUGUUGCGACCCGAAGAGGAAACGGUAGCCUCGAUUAUGGACAUAAAGUUUUACAAUAUUGUCGUGGAAAUAUUAAUCGAGAAUUGCGAACGUAUAACGGCAGGCCCACCACAGGAGGCACCAAAUACUGGACAAAAUCUCGCAAUAACAAGCACACAGCAUUUGGAUGAUAAAGAUGAAAAACAGCAGCAACAACAACAGCAGCAGCAGCAGCAGCAGCAGCAGCAGCAACUGCAGCAGCACCAGCAACACCAGCAACACCAACAGCAGCAAGGCGUCACAUUAAAUGGCGCCGUUCAUAUGCCAUCUUAUUCGGUGCAUACUGUAGUGCCAGCUACAGUACAGCAGGAAAUAACGAGAUCCUAUUAUGAUAGUCCGCUAUCGGUCAGUUCUAAAGCAACGCUAAUUGACGCGGAUCAGAAAAAUGGCGAGGAUUAUCAGGAAACGGAACAACACCCUAGUCACCGAAUGCCUAUGUUUGCAGACAGUCAUAUUGGUCGUUUGAAAAAUCGCAAUGCUAACUUUAUGUAUCACUCGACUGAAAGAGUUUCGGGAAGUGGCAACACAAGUAGUUCCAGUGAAUCGAUAGCUAGUGAUCCACCACCGUAUGUCAGCACUGGUGUACCUGUGAAACAAAAACGAGAUUCCAUGUUGGUCAACACUCACUUUAAUUAUCCGUCACGUAGUAAUCCAAUAAUGUCUUUAGUAAACACAUCACCUAGCAGUGGUCGUUCCAGUCCAGGAUCAGGAAUUUGGAGAGUACGAACAUUGUAUGCCUGUAUGGCAGAAAGCGUUGGAGAAUUAUCAUUUGAACCGAAUCAGAUAAUUACAAAUGUUCAACCUUCAAGUGAGCCAGGAUGGUUGGUCGGUACUUUAAAUGGUAAAACCGGUUUGAUACCGAAAAAUUAUGUCGAGCAAUUACCCUAAGAGGAGUCAACGUCUGGAAAUGGUGCCGAUGCCCCUGCUAACCGCAUGGCCAUCAGAAUUCCCUCCUACACAUUCCAGCAAAGUGCACAUUCCGCAUAUACCAAUUUAGCACUUAGUGGAAAUUUUUUAUAUCAAUACGUAUACAGAAGCUUUGAUUCUCGGCUUUACUCAGACAACAUUAGUGCAUACAGCCAAGAUCACAAAAGUACAUAUUCUUGUCAGCAUCUAGCUGUAUUAUUUUCUAUUUGAUAAAUCGCGUUCCGAUUUCGUUUUAAAUGCUUUUUGCAAUGAUAUACAUUAAGUCGUCGAUAAUUCGAACGACUGUUUAUCGAACAAUUUGUUAUUUAUCAAAUGGAGAGGUCUUUCACACAAAAGUUUAUAAUCGUAUCCCAUUUUUAGGGAAAUUUAGUCAAUUAUGCAUAUUAUUUAUAAAUACAUGCAUAAAUACAUACAUUAUAUAUAUA